UUUCUUCAGGCUUCUGCCCUUGUCACAAGUGAAGGCCUCUGUUUAGUCAUGUUCUAAUGAGGACUGGAAAAGAUUGCUUCAAAUUACUUUAAAAUAUGGAGGAAACUGAUGAAGACCAGCUAGACAGUUAUGAAAUCCAGUUGGGUAUUCAAGAAUCCUUCCAAGCUAUUACAACUUCUGUUCGUCAAGAUGGAUUUGUACCACCAAGUGAUAUAAACAGAAAAAUUGUGACUGCCAUAAAACAAGGGGAAAUCACUGAACUGCAGAAAUAUAUUCAAUAUAAGUAUGCACUUGAUGAAGCUGAUGAAAAAGGCUGGUUUCCUAUACAUGUAGCAGUUGUCCAACCAGUCCGUCAGAUAACAGAAAUCAUCCUCGAUGCUAUACAUAAAACACAGUGUGAACAGAAGACAAAUGAUGGAGAGACACCACUGACCCUUGCUGCAAAGUCGGGAUUAGUUGAAAAUGUGAAAGUGCUCCUAGAGAAGGGAGUCUGGCCAAACACCAAAAAUAGUAGGGGGGAAUCACCUCUUCUUAUUGCUGUAAGGAUAGGAAGUUAUGACAUGGUGUCCCUUCUGAUCAGUUACGACUGUACUAUCAACCAGCCCUGUGUGAAGAGAUGGUCCUCAAUGCAUGAAGCUGCAAAACAGGGACACAAAGAUAUUAUCUCCUUACUUUUGAAAAAUGGUGGGAAUGUCAACCUUAGAGAUGGUUUUGGUGUGACACCAUUAGGAGUUGCUGCUGAAUUUGGUCAAUGUGAUGUAUUGGAACAACUAAUACAUAAAGGUGGAGAAAUCAACAUAGAAGCAGAUGAUGGUUCCACAGUGCUUGCUGAUGCAGCUACUGGAGGGAAUCCAGAUUGCAUUGCUCUGCUUUUUGAAUAUGGCGCUAGUGGUAAUAUGCCAGAUAAAGAAGGUUAUCUUCCCAUACACAAAGCAGCCUAUGGAGGACAUUAUCUUGCACUAAAAUAUCUUAUUCCUGUAACAUCACGACAUGCAAUUAAAAGAAGCGGAUUAAGUCCAAUUCAUUCUGCAGUGGAUGGGCAAAGUGUGCAGUGCCUAGAACUACUCAUCGAAAAUGACUUUGAUGUCAAUGACCCCUUAGCGGAACAUUUAUCUGAAAAUUAUGGUGAUAAAAGAAUGACUGCAUUGUUCUUUGCGGUGUCCAAUACAGACGUUUUAUGCACAGAUAUACUAUUAAAAGCUGGGGCUAAUCCAAACUUAGACACUCUAAAUUGUCUCUUAGUGGCUGUACGAUCUGGAAGCCAUGAAAUUGUUAGACUUCUCCUAGUUCAUAAUGCCAAUGUGAACUGUUACUUCAUGCUUGUGAAUGAUACUCAUUUUCCAAGUGCAAUACAAUAUGCCCUCAAUGAUGAAAUCAUGCUAAGGAUGUUGUUAAAUAAUGGAUACCAGGUUGAGAGGUGCUUUGACUGCAUGCAUGGGGACAUGUAUGGAGGAUCAUCUGUAUGGAAAACCUCUGAAGAAGUGGUACCUGGUUGGACAUCUUGUGUCAUAAAAGACACCUAUUUUUGUGACUUCAUCACAGUGUCGUGGAUGAGGCAUCUGGUUGGAAAAGUUAUUCGAGUGUUAGUAGAUUACAUGGAUUAUGUUCCCAUUUGUACGAAACUGAAAUCUGUUCUUGAAGUACAAAAAGAAUGGUUAGAGAUCCAGGAGAUUUUAGGUAACCCUCGUCCACUGAAGCAUUUGUGCCGGCUUAAACUCCGUAAACUUUUUGGUUUGGAGAAAUUACAAAACCUGUCAUCCGUGAAGAGAGUUUCUGUGCCUCCUCUCCUGAAGUCCUAUUUAUUGUAUAAGGAAUAUGAUCUAUAUGGGAAAGGAUUGCAUUUUGACACAUGAUGAACUACUAAGUGUACUUGCAUGUCUAGAAGUUAAAGGGGUUGGCCCAUCUGAGACAUUGAUGGCAUAUCGUUAGGAUUUGCCAUCAAUUUCAGAUAGGUGCAGGUCCCAACUCUGGGAUCUUCUCUUAUCUCCGGGACGGGCCGCCAGAGUUAACAGAGAGCUGCCGCGCAUGUGCAGCCACCCUUCGUUCACCUCUAUGGGAGGUCAGAGAGUACACAAUUAUGUCACCAAUAAUUCCAGAUCACAGUAUUUGUAGGGACGCUAAAAUAAAAUAACAAACAACUUUAUUCAGCUAUUUACUUAAAAUGGGGGAAACUACCCAAGGAUAAAUUCUUAUCCAAUAUUACACCUGGGAGCUAUCACAGUAUUAUGUGACUAUUAAGCUGAAUACCAGUGCCGGGAGCGCAGCCACAUGUUAGAGGUGGUGCUCUCGUUAUAUGUUGGUUUGUCUGUUCUACUGUUAGUAAUCAAUAUUGGCAUGAGUAGUGAUGAGGCUCCUUAAGAGCUUAGGACACGAGAAACGCGUCGAGCCAGCGUGGAGCUACAGCCAGUGUUAGCAGACCAAAUUUAGAUAUACCAGACAGCGUCAGUUUUUAAUGCAUGUUAAUAGUGGGGUCAGUUCAGUAAGAUAGCAGGGGUGUUGGAGAAUUAGUGACCUAUUGGACAAUGUGCCUAAUACCAAGAGGCAUACCAUACCUCGCUACUACCGAUCCUCACUAGUGAUAUUAUACUGGAGCUAAAUAUCAUAGAUAUACAGUGUGUUUUGAGCAGUUACCAUGGGUUACGCUUAGUAACAGGUACUGGAGCGAAUGUGGUUAUGUUCAUACACAUGUAUUUAGCUUAAUAGUCACAUAAUACUGUGAUAGCUCCCAGGUGUAAUAUUGGAUAAGAAUUUAUCCUUGGGUAGUUUCCCCCAUUUUAAGUAAAUAGCAGAAUAAAGUUGUUUGUUAUUUUAUUUUAGGGUCCCUACAAAUACUGUGAUCUAAGGUCAGAGAGUAGCCAAGUGCAUGCUCGGCUAUUUCUGGAAGUGCCAUAGUGGUGAAUGUAGAGGCGGAUGCGCUUGCGUAGUGCACCCUCCUUUCAACACUGUGGGACUUCUAAAAUGAGCCGAGUGCGAUAUGCUAUCAAUAUCCCAGAUGAGCCAGCCCCUUUAAUUUACAAAUUGACAUGUUUUUGUAAAUAUUGUGGAUUUUUAUAUGGUCCUGCAUGCUGCCUUUGAGGUAUCUUGAACGUUGUUACAAAAACAUUUUACAACAUGCAGAUGUACAAUGGGAAAAAUUUGGGGAGUUAGUAAUACCCAGAUCUACUUUUGUUGUCAGUAGAGCUCACUGCAUACAAAUGUAUUAUUGUGAUCAAAAGUAACCAUAUGCUUUAUAUUCUCUUAAGUGGCAACUACAGGCAGAUAGCAUUUUAUCAUUUAACUUGACAGUUGUAUAAAAGCAG